AAAGUUUUCCGUAGAGGCGAAGUAAGCGGCCGGGCCCGCACUUAGAUUCCCGGCCGAUUUCCCGUUAUAAUGAACAUUGAACACUUGUCUUAGCGGGCAGUGCGCCGACCGCACGCCCUUACAUCAACGCGAAUGUACAACAUUCGUAUUUCAACAUUUUUUUUGCAAAUGAAGUAAACUGUGCCUCAUCAGAGCCUAAUUUGUUAAUGAAACUGUAGUCAUUUUUUUAAAUAUCAAGAUGUGUUGGAAAAAUAUUUCGUUUUAUAUAUAUUUGGCAGUUAUAGCGGUCUGUGUGGAGGGAGACUGCGGUCCUAGACUUAAGUACGCGUGGGGAGAUGCUCUCCAGGGCACAGACUGCCCAGGACCUGAUGGAUCCCCUUACCCAAGACAGCUGGUUAAUCGCGCGUUGAAGACCUCGGGGUCUCGUCAAGGUCGCACUGCUCGUACUCUGGACCCCUCGCUCAUGAGACGAGCUCUGUUGGACGCACAUGAAGGAUACUCCCAGGGGAUCGUGUCGGGGUCCAAUAGAACUGCUCGCUCGGCGUCUCCGUCGUGCGGGUCGUCGCGCCUGUGCCGUACUCGCUACAACACCACGGCCCCCAUGUACGGCGUGUCGCUGACCUCGGGCCAGCCCGUCACCAUCGUGCAGAAGUUCCCCGACCUCCUGCAGCAGGUCGUCUUCGAAGUCUGCGAGUCUUCUUCCUGUUCCCUGGUCCGCGGCACGUGUUCUCAGACCUACGUGCCGUAUCUGUUUCUGGUCCUCCCGCUGGGCCCCGUGACUCUCACGGGACAGGACUACGUUCUCGUGGAGUCCGGCUGUGUCUGUCGUCCGGACCCACUUUAACGACCCCAGCCUCGGUGUCGCGACCCACGCCAGUGACGUACGGAUGUUACACCACGUGUUUAAGGACUUUUUAGAGUUUAUUUUAUAGGCCUUUAUAUUAAUUAAGGUUAUUUUAUUUUAGUGUUUUUUAUUAUAAUUCGUUUGUGAUCGCAUCGGCCUUCGUAAAAUCAAAGAAAUCGCCGAAAAAUCGAAUGACAUCGAUUGUUCGGCCGUUUCGAUUUAUAAAAUAUGGACUGAAUUUAUUAAUUUAUUGAAUAAUUUAUUUGAUGGAUACUUGUGUGCUAGCGCGGCCCUCACCGCGCGGAGUACCGCCAGUGUAAUAAUAAAACCGUUUAAUGAA